AUGAAUGUUGAAAGUAUGGAAGAUUUGAAGGAUAAAAUUAGAGAAGAGCUUAAUUUUGAUAAAUUUGAUCUUUAUGCGGAUGCAGAUAAAGAGACUGUAUUAGACAAGUGUACUGAAAAUUGUAGAGUAUUUGUAUUUCAAAGAGAAGAAGAUACGAAGGUUAAAAAAAAGAGAAAAGAUGAGGAAAAAAAAGAUGAUAAAUUAGAUUCGUUAAACAUAGAAAAGGAUGAUAAGAACAAUAAUAAGUAUCUAUCUUAUAAACUAUACAAAGAGUUAUUAAAAGAAUCAAAUAGAGAGGAACCUGAGUAUAAUUAUAUAGUUAAAAGAUGUAGUGAACAUUCACGUAAUGAAAUGUGUACUAGAUGUAUGGAAAGAACCAUAACUUUAGUUCCUCAAGUAUAUAGACAUGUUGAUUAUGUUGAGUUUGAUAAUAAGGAAGUAGUUGAAGAGUUUAUUGAAAGUUGGAAAAAUAGUAAGAGACAACGGAUUGGUCUUUUGGUGGGUAAAAAGAUUGAAAAAGAUAAAAAAAUUAGAGGAAUAGUAAGUGCUAUUUGGAAAAUUGAACAAGAAAAUUAUCCUGAUGGUGUUCAUAUUCCAAAAAGUAUUGAAUAUCCUUUUAAAGACUUGGAAAUACUCGGUUUGAUAUACACCGAUCUUCACUACAAAGAAAAUAAUUUAUUUUCCUAUAAAAUAGAACAAGAUUGUUUAAUUUCUUCAUUUGAGUUAAUAUUUUUUUAUAAAAUGAGUAAGUUAAUAAAGAAAGAUGAUUUAAUUAAUGUUUGUGUAACGUUGGAUGAAGAAAGUAAUAUUAUAUUAAAGAAUUAUAUGAUAAGUAAGCAGUUAGUGGCUUUAUUAGAUGCUGAUAUUCUUAAAUUAUGUAGUGAUCAAACCGUUUUCCUUAAUAAUGACAGGGAGAUACUUUAUAUGUAUAAAAACGAGUAUAAUUAUGAUGAGUCUAUUAAAGCAUCACCGUUUGUACCUUUAGAAUAUUUUAUAGUUACAUCUGAAGUAGGUUUUUAUCAAAAAUCGUUAUUUAAAUCAAACUUAUCUUUAUCUGUUAACACACUUCGUAAACUUGCUGAUUAUUUUAAUGGUGAGUAUGUUUCAUUUGAUAAGUAUAGUAAUUUUAAUGUGUUACUUGCAAUUAGUAAAUAUAAUAAAGAUCUCGGUAACAAGUUACUUAAGAGUGUAAUAAAAAAUAAUAUUGAAGAUUUUACUAAAUUAACAGAAACAACAAAAUUUAAUGAGUUUAUAAUUCAGGUGGAUGAUGAAAGAGAUAUGGGAUGGAUUUGUAAUGCUUGUACCUUUAAAAAUACGAGUGGUAAUUUAAAAUGUAACGUAUGUGGUGGAAGUAAAUGA